UGGCCGCCACCGCCCGAAGAUCUUCGUCGUACAUCUGCGAGCGCAGAUGCUGGGCUCCGCGGCGGUGCAGAGGCCGGGCAGCGCUCCCGUCCCUGCAGGUGCCGCUAAGCCGAGGCAGUCCUCACCCCGGCGGACUCGGCGCCCCAGCCCCACUCAUGCCGCGGCCCAGCACGGCGGGCGGGAGCGAGAGGCGGGGCGGCGGGGACGGUCGGGCGAGAGGCGGUGGCGGCAGCCCGCCAGCACAGGAAGUCGUCCCGCCGAGAGAGGAGGGAAAAGGCGGAGCUCUGCCGUUCAGCCCGAGUGAUUUUUUGGAUUGAAAACCAUGGGUAGAAGAGAUGCCUCUACAGCAAGGACUCCUGUUGACCAGUACAGGAAACAAAUAGGAAAACAAGACUAUAAGAAAACCAGACCUAUGUUAAGAGCUACAAGAUUAAAAGCAGAGGCCAAAAAAACUGGACUAGGAGUAAAGGAAGUUGCCCUUGUCCUUGCAGCUAUACUGGUGUUUUUGUUGGCUUUCUAUGCUUUCUUUUAUCUUAACAUUUCCAGUGAAGUUGACCUUGAUCUGGAUCCAGAUGAAAACUAGCAGAUGCAAUGAAUCCAUCGUCGAGAUUUCUUCAGCUUGAACAAGACUCCGUAGGAACACACAGUCCCUUCACUGUGAGACAGUAAACGAUGCCGUUUCUUGCAAUCCAAAUUCAUAAGGAAGUUUUGCAAAUACAUCAGUCACUUUUACAUUCCAGAUCUCCAAAAAACCAAGAGAGCAGCCCUGCCUGGCCAGUGUGUUUAGGCAGGAGGAGCAGGACCAUAGAUGAGGUUUAUUGUUUACAUUAUCUUUCUUUCUCAGGCAGAGAACUUUGAUGUCAAAAGACAGGUGCUAUUAUUAUUAUCGGGGGCAUUGAUGCUGACUUCACAGGAGGAUAGUCUGCCUUGACUAAAUUUAGGAAUCAAAGCUUCCUAAUUGCCAAAUCAGGUUCCUUUCCUUUCCAAAAAUGAAGCAGGGAUACCAAAUGAAAAACCUUCUCUUGAUUUGUAUUUAAAAACCUAUCAAAGCCUCCCUCGUCCUUUCUCUCCCUUUUCAUCUUUCCUGUGCCUUUGUGCACACAAGACAGGGCAGGAAGAGGGAAGAACUCAUAGGGAAAAAAAAUCUCUUUUUUAGAAGCAGUCUGUCACCUCCUAUAUGGACUUAAUUUGAUGUCAUCCCAGAUUCUGUGUGCCCGUGUAUCUGCAGUAAUCCUUUUUAUUCUUAUGCCAACUGUUCGGCACACAUGUGUUCUGUCAGAAAUGGCACCUGGAUGACAGAAGCUCUAACAUUCACAUAUGCCUCUGAAACACAGCUCUUUGCCUCCUGUUCUGUCUGAGCUAGCGUAAAUAGAAAGUUCACUUGAUGUUGGCUUUAAUUAGUGCAUUGCUCCAUUAUUAAGAGAAAGUCAAAAUUGUUGUUUUAAUUAUACUCUUCCUGCUGGUCGUGGUGGUAUCGACUUGCUCUGCCUGUUAGGGGGAUGUUGUUAAAAAACUUGCUUUAGUUGUGCAGUCAUUUUAGUCAUCAAGCUAAGGUGAAAAGUUGUACUAAGAAAUCUUUCUUUUUUUCUUUUUCAUGCAUAUUAUUAAUUGGGAACCUCUUAGCUCCACAACAUCCUUCAGUUCUUGCACAGUACCCUUCAGAACAUGUACUGUAGCUAACCGUUCUGAUCCCUUUGAUAACCGCGAGCCACUCGAAGAAGUCUGUAUGUCAAAGCAGCUGCAGGGAGCUGUAAAAUGCUGCCUUUAUCCUGCUUUGGCCGUGGAACCGAGCUUGUGGUCGUAAAGAUUCAGGCUUGAUCCUUUGAAAAAAUGUGGUCAAUCUUUCUCUAGUUUGGAUUCACUUUGAUGCCAAGGAAAGCGCAUCACCGCCGGUGCUGAAUGUGGCAGGAUGUCAUCGCGCUGCAAUUCCAUUAGCAAACUCACUUGGCUUUGUCUUUCAGACUUAUUUCAGGGCUGAGUGUUAGGUUUAGUUGCAAGUGAGAUAUUUACAGAUUUAUGCCAGCAAUGCCUGGCUGAGAUUUCUUGUACUGAUUUUGAAGACAAAAGGAUACAAAGACUGUAAUGGGAAAUAUAUUUAUUUUAAAUGAAGACAGUUCCCAUUAUCACCACUUAAGGAACUUAGAUCAAUACAGUUAAUUUUUAGACUAUCCAGUAACUGUGACCAUAUACAUGAUGAGUCUCUAAGGACUUGAUGAGUCUCUAAGGGUCCACUUACUAUCUUAUCAUCCUGUUCAUUCACUUUAUGCAAUGCAAAUGAAGUCCUCUAGAAAUUCAGAGUACAGCAGUCUUCCAAGAAGAAUAUGAAGGAGUAGCAUAAAGAUACAUGUGCAAAUACUGCUUGGUCCUAAUGAUGACUGUUACAGACACAACAUUUAUGCCUUCAUAUGACUUACAGUCCACUAAUAUGCACAUGCUUUUAUGGUGAAGCAUUAUCUGACCCAUGGGCUGACUUUCAGUGGAGGGAAAAGCAUAUCACAAGCUGUCUCCUUGGAUGUGACAUGCCUUUCACCUCACCAGUGCCAAGCCACAUCGCAGAAGCUGCAGGUCUUUCCUCUUGCUUUGCAUGAGCAAUUUUCUCCUUCUAUAAAAUGCUGGAAGGUUUGCUUUCUCAAUGUCUGCACAGAGUUCUCUGGCUGAUGUGUGGCCUGGGAUUGAUGUGUAGUUAUCCCCUUAACGCAGCUUGUCUCAUAACUUGCUUUCUGAACCACUUACAUGGAGAAGCAACCUCUUCUUACUGUCAAAUGUACGAACAUGAAGUGUCUAGAACAGGAAGACUGCAUUUCCCAAAACUGUGGCUCACAGACAGAAUCUGAAGUGUACAGAUAUGUGUGACUGAAGCAGCUUCUCUGGUUUCUUGUUUAUCACUCCAUAGUGCCCACAAGCAGGCACCAAACACAAGAGAGCGAUAGACCUGCUGCAUUGGGUCCAGAGGGAGGCCACCAAGAUGAUCAGAGGGCUGGAACGCCUCUGCUAUAAAGACAGGCUGAAAGAAUUGGGGCUGUUCAGCCUGGAAAGUGUUUCAGGGAGACCUUAGAGCUGCAUUUCAAUAUCUGAAGGGAACCUACAGGAAGGCUGUGGAGGGGCUGUUUAGAAGGGCUUGCAGUGAUAGGAUGAGGAGCAAUGGUUUGAAACUGGAGGAGGAGAGAUUUAGGUUGGACAUCAGGAAGAACUUUACAAUGAGUGUGGUGAAAUCCCGGAACAGGCUGCCCAGGGAUGUGGUUGAGGUCUCCCCGUCCCUGGAGACAUUCAAGAUCAGACUGGAUGUAUUUGGAAGUGUCCUUGCUGACAGCAGGGGGUUGGACAAGAUGCCCUUUGAGGGUCCCUUCCAACCCAAUGCAGUCUGGGAAUUUACAAAGUGCCACAGUUUCCAGUAUGUCUGCUGGGUUUAUUUAGGCUUGGCCUUUUCAUUCACGUGAAGGAUAUUGUUAUGGAACAAGAAAAUGUCCAUUUCUUUAGCUGAACUGGAUAGAAUUCUGGUUAGUUUAGAAAUACAUGGCAAAUAUUGCAGCAAAUACAUUCUUUAUUCUUAAAAGCUCCCACUGUUCAUCAAAUGAUUAAUCCUUGGUUUUCUAGAACACACAAGCACAACAAUAUCACCACUGGGGUCUGACUCUGACCUCACUAACUUAGGAGUCUUCUCAGUUCACUGAAAUGACAACUGAUUUACUCCAAGGGAAAAUCAAAACCUGACCUAAAGUUCUCUCUUCUUUCUGCAGUGCUGCUUUGUCCAUGCCUGAUAUUUUUUUAGGUGGAGACUGAUUUUAAUCUUGCAAACAUCUGGCUUAUUUUGCCCUUAGUUAUGUCUGAGAUUGACUACAUCUUGGUUUUUGGACCAGCUAUCUUUGUAUGAGUUACUCAGUGUCUAUUUUAUUAAUAAAUGUGUUUUUUCCUGGGUUUGUGCUCUUAUUAAUGUGGGAUAUGUCACACUGAAUUACAUAACAUUUGAAGGACAUGAAAGCCAUGUAAACAGUACAACAUUCAAAUGUGAGCAGUGAUAUUCACCAGUUGUAGAGUAUCUGGGUUAUUCUGGGCAGUUCUAGCCCCUAAGCUCAUGUUGAAAGUAGACAUGGCCUCUGAAUGGCACUUAGUGCCAUGGUCUAGUUGAUUGGAU